AAAUUGUAAGGAGUGUUAUAGUUCAACAGCAUAUAACUGACGUAAAUACCUAUUCGAUUCAGUUCUGUUCAAACUUUUGAACCGGUUCAACCGACUUACUGAAUAGAACAGAUUCAAAAUAACGAUUCAUUCAUGAGUCGCAUCUCACGGGCGGAGAGUAGAAAGAAAGAACAGUGAAGGAUGCUGUCCAGGACUUGAGCGCGGUGUGUCUGGUGGGCUCUCCGGCUGUGUUGUGGUUCAGCCGAGCGGGGAGGACUGUUCUGUUUCCAGUCAUGCUCUUCUGACAAAACCGGCGGUGUAAAUAGGAAUCACUGCCUCUCUCCACCAACAUGGAGAUAGUUGUGGCCAAAAUUCUGUGCCUGAUCGGGGUGUUUGCCCUCAUGCUGGGGGGAAUUCUCAUCCCUGUGCGUGUGAUGCAGUCGGACUUCGACAAAGCUGCGAGGUACAGAAAGGCGGUUUCGUUGAGUAAUUCUUUUGGAGGUGGUGUGUUCCUGGCUACCUGCUUCAACGCACUUCUGCCAGCUAUUAGAGACAAGGUGGACGGAGUCCUGAAAAUGCUAACGACUACAACAGACUAUCCGCUGGCAGAGACCAUGAUGAUGGUGGGCUUUUUCCUCACAGUGUUUGUAGAGCAGGCUGUGCUUACCUUUAGGAAGGAGAAGCCUUCCUUCAUUGAUCUGGAGACUUUCAACGCAGGAGGCUCAGAGGCUGGCAGCGACUCUGAAUAUGACACACCGUUCAUCGCUCCCCCUCGGAGCUCAGCGGGACACCAGCACCACUCGCAUCACCAUGGACACUUCAACCCCACAGAGUUAACACGCGCAGGGCCACUUCGGCUUGCCAGCCUGGUCCUGGCCCUCUCCGCUCACUCAGUCUUUGAAGGUCUUGCUCUAGGUCUUCAGGAAGAUGGGGCUAAACUGGGAAGCCUAUUCAUUGGCGUAGCAAUCCAUGAAACCCUGGCAGCUGUGGCUUUAGGAGUCAGUGUUGCUAAAGCAGGACUGGUGCUGCGAGAUGCCAGUAAGCUCGCUAUUACAGUCAGCCUCAUGAUCCCUAUUGGGAUUGGCCUUGGAAUGGGUAUUGAGAGUGCCCAGAACCUGGCAGGAAGUAUUAUUUCUGUCGUGCUACAAGGCAUGGCAGCAGGUACAUUCCUUUUCAUCACUUUCUUUGAAAUUCUCUCACGGGAGCUGGAGGAUAAACACGAUAGGCUACUGAAGGUGCUGUUUCUUGUCUUGGGAUAUGGCGUGCUGGCUGGUCUUGUCUUUAUCAAGUGGUAAUAGAGCUUAACAGUGCACAGGAGGAAGAGGAAGUUUUGCUUUUAUGUGCCAGUUGUAAAACCUGCUCACCAGCAUAACCAAAGGACAAUUUCAGUAAUUCAGCUCCUAAAUGACUGUUUGUUUACUGCUUUUGGUUUUAACUUAUGUCUAUGAAGUCCUACACUGGAUACAUACACAAACAGUAGUAUUUUAAACCAGGUCUUUAAGGUAUAGUGAAGGGAAAUUAUUUAUUAUUGUAAACACUGGUGGGGGUGCUACUACUGCAGAUUAUAGAGUAUGUGUUUGUUGUUACUGAUUCAUGUGAUGCUGAGUGUUGUGAUAAAUAACUAAGAAACUAUUCCAGUUUUCAUUUCACCGUUUCAUUCUUGAUAAAGCCUUUAAACGUUUACAUAAACUGCAUUUACUUUGUAUCUCGUUUGACCCUGGGUGUUGAAUAUGCUACUGUUUGAAGGCCUACAUAUAUUUAAAUCAAAUACAUAUAUAUUCAAUGAUGGUGUUAUUCCAGAUUAUGAUUUAUUGAAAAUAUUGCUAAAUCGGCAGCAGUGUUGGGCCAUGUGUCAAGCUAUGAGACAUAACCACGUGUAUAUUUUUACAAUAUACUAAAAACAUGUUCUUGAUUUUAAAAUCAGGCCUAAUUCUGUGGAACUCGGUUUGUAGACUGCUGUUGUGAGUUACUCUCUUGAACUGAGAUUAAAGAAAGUGUGAAAAAUGUUACACUUCACAUAAUGGCGUGCUUGCCAGCUGAAGGUGAACACCACACUUACAGUUAAUGCAGUGGUAUUUCAGAAGCAGAUUUAGGAACAUGUGGUGCUGUAACUUAGAGGUUGCUGGUAGUUUAAAUAGACUAAGGUCCUAAUAUGCAGUUUGUGGUUAAAUGCUUUUGUACAUCCUUGCAGUUUUGGUUUUGCAUUUGUAAAUUAAUGUCCUGGUUAUUCUAGAACACUAUGGUACAUGGACUAUAGAUAGGAUAAGAAUUCAAGUUAUUUAAUUUUCUACUUCACUUUGACAAAAUCGAACUACUACAGUGUUUGAAUACUACAUACAGUCUGUCAAGGCCUCUUUUCCAAUUCGGUGGAAGUUGAUUCCAACUUCUGACAACAUUUAUAUAACCAUGAAAACAGAAAUAUGCCCUAUGAGCAAUAUUUCAUAUCAAAACUACUUGACCAAAUCAUUAUUACAGUUAUGACAGAUUAUUCUGCCGCAGUAAAUGUCUGUCAGCUUCGUGGUAACAAAUCAGGCCAAAUACUCUGGUUUUCUAAUCCAUUUUACCAGCAUAUUCUCAUUUAAUAUGUAGCAGCAAAUAAGGACCACUGAAACCUAAUACUCAUGCUGUGGCUAAAGCACAUAGCUAUAACAACGCAGAUGUACUCUGAAUGUAUGUAAAUGUAACUGAUGUAAAUGACACUGGUGUGAUGUGUACUGUAAAUGACCUAAUGAUUUGAUCUUUUUAAUAUAUUUUCUAUGAUUAAUACUGAAUUGCAUCUCAAAAUGAUUGAUGAAUUCCAUUCUAGUUUGAUUUCUUUUAAUGAAUCACAUUGAAAGUAUCUUCAAAUUAAAUAUAUACAAGACCCUCUGUGGUUAAACAGACAGUGACUUAUUGCAGAUUCUACUUAUACUUUUUUAAGCUUUUGGGAAAUGGCUACUUUUUUU